AUGGCAGCGCGAGAAACUCCCUUUGCAGGGAAAUAUGGACAUCCUCGAGGCCCAGGUCACGAACUACUCAGAGAGUGGCUUCCUCUAAAGAAAAGUGGAUUGACACCGGCCUCACCGAGUGUAGUCGAUUGGAGAAAUUUGGUGUCAGCAGAUAGCCAAAAGGCAUUAGAGAGUUACCAAAGAACGAGAUUUUGGGGAUUUACUGCUCGUGAAUUAGAACAAAUUGGAGCACUGGCAGAUAUCAGGCCAGGUAAAUGGCAUUCCGAUUCAACGACUGGACGGGUCGACCUUGACACGGUUCCGUUACACCCUAUCUUUGAGAGGCAGCAUUGGGAAAGAGAAGAUGUGAUACCAUUACAUUUUCCCAAACAUCCAUGUGGAGAUGGCAACAAAUUUUGGGAGAUCAAAGGGAACGACGAGAUAUGGGAGGCAAUACAACCCGCUCUCAAGAUUGCCACUCUUGUGUUGUCAAACAUUGCUACUUGGCAGUGGUUCGAUGCACUACUCAAUGGCAUAUACCAGAAAAUACCUGAUGAUGAACUACCUGAAAACAUCAGAGGGUCUGAUUACUGGCGCUUUUAUCCUUCCAAAUUAUUCAACCAUCAGGAGCGGACAACUGCGUUCAAUGAUUUCUUAAAUGAAAUAGUAGGCUCAAUAAGUUGGGGCUUCGGAAUGGGACAAGUCUCUUUGGAAUGUUUUCCCCAAGAUGGGUACGUACACGAAUCGCAGCUUUUGGUGUCUUUCGCAUAA